AGUAACGAGCAGUCGCCAAUAACUCAGAAUUCAGAUUAGAGUUUUUUCUGUGGCCAAGAUACGUGCAUCACUGUUUACAUCAUAAUAACAUAUCCGUUCGUCGAUUUAGGACGAUAGAACUUAACUGUUUUUGGCCAGUGAUAGAUUAUACCAGAGAAAAUGACGACUGCAGCGAGACCAACUUUCGAUCCAGCCCGUGGUGGACAGGGAAGAGGAGAAAAAGAUUUGAGUGCAAUAUCAAAACAAUACAGCAGCCGGGAUUUGCCCUCCCACACAAAAUUGAAAUUCAGGGAACAAGGCCAGGGUACCACAGAAGAACUUGCUCAGCGAGACUUCAGAAAGGAGCUGGAGGAGAGAGAGCGCGAAGUCAAGGAAAAAACAGGUGGCCGUAAUAGGAUGGCCAUAGAAGCUGCACCUUCUAUGAAAGAACCUGCUGCUCCGCCAAGUAAAAGGCAGAAAUUAGAAGUACCAGCUGCAAGUCUUGAUGCGGAUGAUCCGCUGGACGAGGAUGAUUCAGAAGUUGAAUCUGAUGAUGAUGAUGACACCGAAGCUCUAAUGGCCGAGCUCCAACAAAUCAAAAAGGAGCGUGCAGCAGAGGCAGCUAAAAAGGAAUCCGAAAAACGACAAGAAGAAGAAAGGAUUAGGAUGGAAAAUAUCAUUUCAGGUAAUCCACUUCUCAAAUAUGCAGCUCAGAGUGGUCGCACAGAUAUGAAAGUUCGUCGCAGGUGGGACGACGACGUAGUUUUCAAAAACUGCGCUCGGUCAGAGCCCAAGAAUAAGAGCAAUACAUUCAUAAAUGACUCCCUUAGAAGCGAAUUUCAUAGGAAAUUCAUGGAAAAAUAUGUUAAGUGAAUGGUGAAAAUCUAUUUGCACGAGGCUGUCAUAAUUAGAAAUACUUUCAUUUCAAUUAUCAAAAUCAUAUUUUUUAUGCUAGCAUAUUAGAUUUUAAGUCUGUAAAUAUUAAUAAAUAAUGAAUAUUAUGUUAGAAUAAAAAUUUUACUGAAACAUGAAUAUUAAAUAACCUGCUAAAUUUUUUUAUUUUUUCCGAUAUUGAUCGGAAUCUGGUCGGUUAAGAUUUACAUACAACUUUGUUUCAAAUAAAAAAAA